CUGUAGCGUCGUAAACCGUCCAGAUCACGUGAUGCACGUGACGCAGCUGCAUCGGGCCAGCGUCGUAGCUGGCUUGGAACAUCAACCACCAGGGCUGAUUCCUGAGUUGUGGCUCGUCUGCACCACGUCCUUUAUAAACGAUACCCGAGUGUUUUGACUGUCUUUGCCAACAGGCAGGUCCUUGUUUGAAGGCAUUCGAUUGUUGGCGCGGUUAGAAGGGCCUGUUACAGGCAGCUUCGCCCACCAUGGCUGCUCCGAAGGACACCUUCUUCCGCUCUGCGGAUAUGAGCUUGACACAGCUCUAUAUCGCAAAUGAGAUUGGUCGAGAAGUCGUUGGUGCACUGGGAGAGAUUGGGCUGGUCCAGUUCCGAGACUUGAACCCGGAUACCACCGCUUUCCAGAGGACUUUUACGAAGGAGAUCAGACGGUUGGAUAAUGUGGAGAGACAGCUGCGAUAUUUUCACUCCCAAAUGGAGAAGGCGGGUAUUCCGAUGAGAUCGUCUUCUGAAUUCGCGAAUGCACUGGCGGCUACUUCGGCCUCGGAGAUCGAUGACCUCGCUGAACGCAGUGCAAGUCUGGAGCAGCGCAUUGCUUCCCUCAACGAUAGUUAUGAGACGCUGAAGAAGCGGGAGGUCGAACUUACCGAGUGGCGCUGGGUGCUCAGAGAAGCUGGUGGCUUUUUCGACAGGGCACACGGCCAUACGGAGGAGAUCCGUCAAUCCUUCGACAACGAUGAGGCUCCCCUGCUCCGGGACGUCGAGCAGCAGGUUCCUCGCGGCCAGAACGGUGAUGCUCAGGCUCAGCAAUCUUUCUCCGUUAUGAACAUCGGCUUCGUUGCAGGUGUCAUUACGAGGGACCGCAUUGGAGCGUUUGAACGUAUCUUGUGGCGUACCUUGCGUGGUAACCUCUACAUGAACCAGUCCGAGAUUCCGGAGCCUAUCAUCGACCCAAGCAACAAUGAGGAGAUCCACAAGAACGUUUUCGUGAUCUUCGCUCACGGUAAGGAGAUUCUUGCGAAGAUCAGAAAGAUUUCCGAGUCUCUUGGGGCCGAUUUGUACAAUGUCGAUGAGGACAGUGAGCUUCGGAGAGACCAAAUUCAUGAGGUCAACACCCGUUUGGACGAUGUUAGCAAUGUCCUGCGCAACACCAAGAACACUCUUGAUGCCGAGCUCACGCAGAUCGCUCGCUCGCUUGCCGCUUGGAUGAUCAUUGUCAAAAAGGAGAAAGCUGUCUAUAAUACACUUAACAAAUUCUCCUAUGACCAGGCCAGAAAGACUCUGAUCGCGGAGGCUUGGUGUCCCACCAACUCUCUCCCCUUGAUCAAGUCAACUCUGCAGGACGUCAAUGACCGUGCCGGUCUCUCGGUCCCGACUAUUGUCAAUCAGAUCCGAACGAACAAGACCCCGCCAACCUUCAUGAAGACGAACAAGUUCACCGAAGGUUUCCAGACAAUCAUCAAUGCCUACGGUAUUCCCAAGUACAAAGAAGUCAACCCAGGUCUGCCUACGGUUAUUACUUUCCCCUUCCUGUUCGCUGUCAUGUUCGGUGAUUUCGGUCACGGUAUGCUCAUGACUCUGGCUGCCUGUGCGAUGAUCUUCUGGGAGAGGAAGCUUCUCAGGACCAAGUUGGACGAACUCACUUACAUGGCCUUCUAUGGUCGCUAUAUCAUGUUGAUGAUGGGUAUCUUCUCGAUGUACACCGGUUUCCUCUACAACGAUAUCUUCUCGAAGUCGUUCACCAUCUUCCCCAGUCAGUGGCAGUGGCCUGAGCAUAUCCACAAGGGCGAGUCUGUCGAAGCUUCGCUAAAGGAUAACUACCGCUAUCCAUUUGGACUCGACUGGAACUGGCAUGAAGCGGACAACGGUCUUCUCUUCACAAACAGUUACAAGAUGAAGUUGAGUAUCUUGCUGGGCUGGUCUCACAUGACUUACUCUCUUUGCUUGCAAUACAUUAACGCGCGACACUACAAGUCGAAGAUCGAUAUCUGGGCCAACUUUAUCCCUGGAAUGAUCUUCUUCCAGUCGAUUUUCGGUUACCUUGUUAUCACCAUUGUGUACAAGUGGUGCGUUGACUGGACCGCCAGAGGCCAGUCUCCGCCCGGUCUGCUUAACAUGCUGAUCUUCAUGUUCCUCAGCCCGGGUACAGUCGAUGAUCCACUGUAUCCCGGACAGGCUAGUGUCCAGGUCCUGCUGUUGCUUCUCGCGCUUGUCCAGGUGCCUAUUAUGCUCUUCCUGAAGCCGUUUUAUCUUCGCUAUGAGCACAACCGAGCCCGUGCUCUCGGCUACAGAGGUCUGGGCGAGCAGUCGAGAGUGAGCGCGCUUGAUGAGGAUGGCGAUGCAGACGGUCGUAUCUCCGAAGGACGGGACAGCAUGGUCAGCGAUGGCGAAACUGUCGCGAUGAUCACCCAGGAUCUGGGCGACGAAGAGGAGCACGAGGAAUUCGAAUUUGGCGAAGCAAUGAUCCACCAGGUCAUCCACACCAUCGAAUUCUGCCUUAACUGUAUCUCCCACACGGCCUCUUACCUCCGUCUGUGGGCCCUUUCCCUUGCUCACCAGCAACUGUCUAUCGUGCUGUGGAACAUGACCAUCGGGACUGCUUUCUCGCAGGAGUCGCCUGUUGUCCGUACUAUCAUGGUUGUCGUCACCUUCUACCUUUGGUUCGUGCUCACGAUUUGUAUCCUAUGUGUGAUGGAGGGUACUAGUGCCAUGUUACACGCCCUCCGUCUACACUGGGUCGAAGCCAUGAGCAAGCACUUCAUCGGUGACGGUAUCCCCUUCACACCGUUCAGUUUCAAGACCCUCCUCGAAGAGGAACCGGUGGAUUGAAAUCUUCAUUCCUUAACCUCUUCUUUCUUUUUUGGAGUUGAUCUUUCCCGCCCUUCUUUUCGUCUUCUUUCUUCUAUUCCUGCUAUCUGCACAAGCGGUGACGGAGCAAUCCUGUAUUCAAAUCGGAUUGGAUAGUAGAUAGGUAGUAAGAGCUGUAGAAAUAUCAAAUAUAUACCAAUAUAUCUAUCAUAUCAAUUAUGUCAUCCAAGAG